AUGGAGACUUCUUUUCACUUAAGAAGCGCUUGCUUGACAGUUGUGAUUUUUUUGGUUCUAUCCACAACUUCAAGAGCAGGUUCUCGCGUGCACAAACCCAAAAAGUAUGACCCAGAAUCGAUGAAGAGGAGGUAUGAGAAGUGGUUGGAACGACAUGGCCGAAAAUACGGCAAUAAAGAUGAAUGGGAGCUACGGUUUGGAAUCUACCAGUCAAAUGUUCAGUUCAUCGACUACGUGAACUCUCAGAACCUUUCUUUCAAACUUGCUGACAAUAAAUUUGCGGACAAGACAAAUGAGGAGUUCAAAUCUAUCUACUUGGGCCUUUUGACGGAUAGGAGUUCGAGGAUGGCGACAAAUUUAACAGUUGAUAGAAUUAGAGGUUUGCCCACCAGCGUCGACUGGAGAAAGAAAGGUGUUGUGACCCCAGUGAAGGAUCAAGGCGAAUGUGGAAGUUGUUGGGCAUUCUCUGCUGUGGCAGCUGUUGAAGGCAUUAAUAUGAUAAAAACAGGCAAAUUGGUAUCUCUAUCAGAGCAGGAGCUGGUGGACUGCGAUGUCAGCAGCGAGGACGAAGGUUGCAAGGGUGGAUACAUGGACAAAGCAUUCGAAUUCAUAAAAAGAAAUGGUGGUAUCACCACCGAAAGCAAUUAUCCUUAUGUGGGAAAAGAUGGCAAAUGUGACGGUGCUAAAAAAAAAGACCAUGCUGUGACAAUAAGCGGCCAUGGUAUAGUACCUCGUGAGGAUGAGAGGAGCCUACAAACUGUGGUUGCUAGCCAACCCGUAUCGGUGGCAGUUGAUGCCGGUGGCUAUGAUUUCCAGUUCUACUCCGAUGGGGUCUUUUCUGGUUAUUGUGGGAAGAACCUCAAUCAUGGAGUAACAAUAGUAGGAUAUGGUGUUGAAAAUGGCUUCAAGUAUUGGCUUGUGAAGAAUUCAUGGGGCACUGGUUGGGGUGAAGGUGGUUUUAUCAAGAUGAAGCGUGGUUCCACUGACAAAAAAGGUAUUUGUGGCAUUGCUAUGGAGAGCAGCUACCCUAUAAAGGACUAA